GCCGCCGAUUGACCCGCGCUCCGCCCCGUAGCCGGGCCGGGCCCUGGAGAUUAAACUGGAAGCUCUAGGUGCAGCGUGGAGCCCACUGUGGGGCUGGACACGUCUUUGCUCUGCUUCACGCGAUGGGUACCCUUGGGCCCUUCCUCGCAUCAUCCACUGUUAUUUACAGAGCACCGUCAUGGUCCAAGCGCUGGGAGAGCAAUGAAUGGAUCCUGGGAGCUCAUGUCAGAAGAAAGUGACUCGCUGAGAACCAGCCCUUCCGCGGCCUCGCUUUCGGAAAAUGAGCUGCCGCCGCCUUCCGCCCCCGCCGGCUAUGUUUGCUCGCUGACCGAGGAGCUGGUGGCCAAAGCCAGGGAGGAGCUGCAGGAGAAGCCGGAAUGGAGGCUCCGCGACGUGCAGGCCCUGCGGGACAUGGUGCGCAAGGAGUGCCCCCACUUGAGCACCUCGCUAGAGGACGCCUUCCUGCUGCGCUUCCUCCGCGCCCGCAAGUUUGAUUACGACCGGGCCCUCCAGCUGCUCAUCAACUACCACAGCUGCCGGAGAAGCUGGCCCGAAGUCUUCAACGACCUGCGGCCUUCUGCCUUGAAGGAGGUCCUGGCCUCCGGCUUCCUCACCGUCCUGCCGCACACCGACCCCAGGGGCUGCCCCGUCCUCUGCCUCCGCCCAGACAGGUGGAUCCCAAGCAACUAUCCAAUUACAGAAAACAUCCGAGCCGUAUACCUGACAUUAGAGAAACUCAUUCAGUCUGAAGAAACCCAGGUGAAUGGAAUUGUAAUUCUUGCAGACUACAAAGGAGUGAGCUUAUCAAAGGCAUCUCAUUUUGGCCCUUUUAUAGCCAAAAAGGUGAUUGGCAUCCUUCAGGACGGUUUCCCCAUUCGGAUAAAAGCAGUCCAUGUAGUGAAUGAACCUCGAAUAUUUAAAGGUAUUUUUGCCAUCAUAAAACCAUUCCUGAAGGAGAAGAUAGCAAACAGAUUUUUCCUUCACGGGUCUGACCUGAACUCUCUCCACACAAACCUUCCAAGAAACAUCCUCCCCAGGGAAUACGGGGGCACGGCUGGAGAGCUGGACAUCACCGCCUGGAACGCGGUGCUGCUGGCCUCGGAGGAGGACUUCGUGAGGGAGUUCUGCCAGCCCGGCCCUCCCUGUGACAGCAUCCUGGGCCAGGCCCUGCCACCCGAGGGGCUGAGCUCAGAGGUGCCCUGUGAUGACUCCAUGCGGGCUGUGAAAUCACAGCUAUACUCCUGCUACUAGCCAGUCCCCCGCGAACGGCACCAUCUUUACAAGCUUUCCUUCUUUUCUUCGGAGAGGCCCAAGGAGGGUUCGAGGUGCCAGGGAUUGUCUUGCUCCUUGGAACAGAACUGCAGCAUGGAGGCAAAGCCUGGAGAGCUCUGAGCCACAGGGUGAGGCUUGCGUGGCUUGAACGACUCUGUGGAAGACAUGGAGAAAGGCCCCCAGCAAUUCUGAAACAUUUGCAAUCCCAGCGUGCAGCCACGAAUGAGGAAGCCGUAUCUGAUUCUUACAGAGCUCAAAGCAAGAAAAAUCAGGACCAACGUCACUUUGAUCCCACAUUCCAGGAGAAAACCCUGAUUUGGCCGGGCAGUGCACUCCUGUGAGACAGUUUGGCCGAGCCUGCCAGGUAGCCACAUGUGAGAUGAUGAGAUUGUCUUCAAAGACAGACUACAGACCUCUCAGCUUGAAAGUCUGAGGUCCAUCACUGGGUCUGGAAAGCACCUUCACUGAAUCAUGCAAGAAGACAGAAGCAGCACCUCCUGAUCAAACUCGGGAACCAGGGACCUUAUGUACCUCUGGGGUUCAUGGGCUGAAUCUUGCAAUAGAACCUUAAAGUUUUCCCAAACCCAUAAAGCCUUAGUCCUGGUUCUCAAAAGAAUCAUACAUGAUCCUAGACGCACGUGAUUUUAUUCACCCAAGAAGCCUGGAUGCCAGUCCUGUGUAGCUAAAAGAAUUCUGGCCUAAGAAUUAUGAGACCUGCGCCCCAACCUUAGAUGUGUUUCUGUGGACACACGAGCCUCUGUGGGCCUCCAGCCUUCUCAUCCGUAAAAUGAGGCUGAAUGAAGUGAUGCUGAGGGCCCUUUUGUCUACUAAUGGGCCUCUGUGAUUUGGUUAUUUAUUGAAUGUUAGACAUUGGUUUUCUGCCUAGAAAGAGCACUCUCUAGAUACCAGU